AUGGUUGAUGAUUUGCAUGCGUAUAAUCCAGAUGAAGAUUAUGCGGAGGUGGAAGCAAAACUGCGAGCACAUCUGGAAUUAUUUUUAGAAACUGCAAGAUCCUUCAAUACAAUUUACACCGAGGAAAUUUGUCCCUGGACACACAUGAUGGAGGAACCUCAACUGCAUGGGUUUGGGCCAGUUGCUAAUAGAUUGCUGGAGGUGUACAAGACGCUCUUGAAGUUCCUUGGGAACCUGAAGAAUCUUCGAGACUCGCAUGCAGCAGUGGCUGUUGGGUUAUCUGAAACAAUUGCUAGUAAGCCUUCUUCUGUCACGAGAAUAAUCUCGGAGUGUGAAACUCCAUUAACAUUCCUGAAUCAUGAUCUUGGAAUCCUUUCGGCUUCUAUUGCUCGUCAGCAAGCCAACUUGAUUAAGGUGCAAGCUUUGGAAGCAAGUACUGUAACCUUAAAUGAACAUGGCGCUGAAUGGAGGCUGAGGUCCUGCUCGAUAAGCUUGGGAAGCCAAAGCCUAGCUUAG